AUGGGUAAUGUGCAGUGCUGCGCCAGUGAUCGUCUUCUCAAAGGCAAAACCAAGAAGCCCAAAAGCAAAAAGAAGAGCAAGAAAAAAGAAAAGAGUAGCUCCAAGAUUAACGGGAACGCUGCAGGUGGAAAAACUGAAGUUCCAAAGAGUGUCGAGUCCGAAAAAGCCAGUGCCCGAAAAACUGUUGAACAAUCCGAAAACAACAUUAAUAAAGAGGAGGUCAAAACAGAAGAUUCAAAAAUGACACAGCCGUCACCCGUGGAAGUGUCAAACGACGAGUCCCCUCGCAGCGAGAGCACGGCAUCUGCGAGGGAGAGAUUUUUCGGACAGAAUCGCCUCCGCUGGUUUUUGGAGUUUAUACGUCAGGAAAGUGUUACUCACUUGUUUGAGUCAGCGAGGAAAGUGACCGAGAUUAUGUUUUCGCUUUUGGAGCGGCUCCAGGCGGUUUCCCGAAAUAAAUGCGAUUCCGAGUUAGCGUAG